AUGUUUGAAUUAAGAGAGUACUCUGUGGACGAGGUGCCAGUGGCAUCUUGGGCGAUUAAGCGCGCUCUUGAAUAUAUGGCCAAUAUUGAGAAAGAAUGGGCCCCCACGCCGGCUAUCGUGCUUAAUGGGCCAGCCAAUACCACCAUCGAUGUGAAUUUGUAUACCCAGCAUAUCAACCGUGACUUCUGGGCCGCGCGGGUAUCUUAUCACCAACAGCAAUCAUAUGGCAAAUUUCGGAAGUACCUAAUGGAAAACCACACUGCUAACGAAGCUCGAUACAUUGAAAGUAUAGAGUCCUAUCGAGUUCUUACAGUGCCACCGAUACUAACGGACUGGAACAGUGCCGUCGUUCGGUAUAGGCUGCCGGGGCCGCUGUCUGCACGUGACAUGGCCAUUUGGUUGACUGCGCAAGAGACGGUGCCCGAGAAACAGUUCCUGGUUCUUUCUUUACCACGAAGAAUACCAGUAGAUGCAACAAAAGGUAUUUAUGUGUCCAUUGAGCUUGUGGAACUCCUGGACAAUGGAACGAUCAAAUGGACAAUGGCCCAGACCUCGGAUGCCGGGGGCUGGCUGCCGAAAUGGGCCCAACGAAAGGCCAUUGCUACUGAGAUUGCCAAGGAUGUACCCACUUUUCUUACCUGGCUUCGAUUUCAGCCUCCAAAGCUUAAUGGCGACCCAGAUCACAAGGAAGAAGAGCCAAAACGCAAAAAAAGCUUGUCCAUAAGCAGCCGCAGCCGAAGAAGCCGCAUGUCUUCGAGGUCAUCGAUUCAUUGA